AUGUACGCAUUUGUGGCUAUCAAGCAAAAUACUAAGUUUAAAAAGAAGCACAAUCAGUGGAGACACGAUACGGCCAAGGCUACCAAUGCAGCCGCACUCUAUUGUAAAGAAGGUGCCGUUAUAAUACAGUAUUUACGGAAUAUAAUGUAUGACAGAACUGGAGUGGCACUAAGAUGCAUUGAGAUUGUAACAAUCAAAAACUGGCAACGUCUGUUCGAUAAAACACUUGUCUUCACAAGACACGCCGUUCAACCUAAUGUAACCAUACAAGAGAAGGUGUCUGUUACAUUUGGUUUAUUCGUUUAUAACAGACAGAUUGACCUCAUCCACAAAAAGAUGUCGAUUGCAUUGAGCAAAGGAGAGGAGAAGGUUGCACAUUGGUUAGGAGAGGAACGCAGCUGGGUAAGGUCACCAGAGUGGAGAGCAGGAAGAAUGACGUGUAGUGUAGGGCAGGCGUCAAGAUUCUUGACUCAAGAAGGAACAUGUAUGUCACAACCUUUGCUGAAUAUGGUCGCCAAGAAGGUUGGGAACAGUAUUAUCAGAGGCGAAUAUUCAGAUGUCGACUUCACGCUCCCUGAGAAUCUCAGCAAUGUUGUCUACCAAGCCAUAUCUCAAGAGUGGCCAAGCGCUGAUUCCGAUGAAACCAAGAAAAAGCUAGGAGUGACUAGUUUGAAGUUGUUCAACAAGCCGUUAACUGACGAUGAGUACACCUUCAUCAACUCUCAAAGCUUGAAAAAUUUGGAGCUGAAACGAUUUGAUUUUGCGGCUCCGUUUCGUCAGAGGUCUCGUCAAGAUGGUUCUUUUAAUGUGAACAUUGUUGGUUUGUUGCAAAGGCUUCUCAACAAAGAAAGUCAAAAAAUCCUUACAAAUCUGACCAUCAAUGGAAAAGGCGCCAAUUUCUCAGACAAUUGGAUAAAAGAUAUUCGUCCGCUACUCCCAGCAAUCGACUUUCUUAACAUCGCCAAUUGUACUUUGAGCCCCCAGGAAUACACUAAUCUCUGCAACUCAUUUAUCACUAUCACAAAACUGGACAUCAGCAAAUCAAAAGUUCAAGAUCUCACUGGAAUUUCGAAAAUACCAAACCUACAGUAUCUCAACUUAAAUGAACUGGUCUUUGACAACCGCGAACAAAUGAUAGAAUUAUUCGAGCUUCAGCAACUCCGCGUAUUAAACAUUGGCGCGAGUGCCUCUAGUGCAUUCACAAACAACUUCAAAUACUAUUCGCAAAGUGGGAGGUCUCUCCCAGAACUGAGAAUUCUGGACUGUAGAGGCGCUGACAUCAAUUUGGAAGAGCUCAACCAGUUGGUGAAGUCUCACCCUUUGUUGAACAUGGUAGUAUUGAUUGAAACACCGUUGAAAAGAACACCUCAACUCGACCUACCCAACAGGGCCAUUAACCUUUUAACCACUGAAAAUCUCGCCUGUUGCCUCAAGUCCCUGAAAUACUGCACUGAAGUCGUCGCUGCGAAAAUUCCAGUCGUAACUGCUAUUCUUGGUGAAAUGGAUCGCUGUAUAAAAGAACAAAACUGUAAUAUGGAAGACCGCAAGGAGUGUCUAAAAGUGAUACUUGCAUUCAUCAUCAAAUAUAACCGCUUUCCGAAAAUUCAAGAAAGAGGGUUCCGUUGUUUGCAGAGUCUCUGGAGAAAACCAGAAAUAUUCGAGUUGAACGAGAGACAACAAGUUAUCGGGGCAGUUCUUAAAUCUAUGCCCCGAUAUGAAGGACCGUUCCAAGAAGAAGAAGAAGUCGAAAACUGUCAUACUGCUGGAUGGUCAGUUUUGAGCAGUGAUGAGAUUAUGGACACUAUGUACAGUACCCCUGAGAAUACGGAUACAAUGUGCUUAUUGGCUGCGGAACUAGUGGAUCACGCGGAAACUAUUAGCGAGAUGGCGAAGAUCGGUUUUCUUGUGCUUUCACGAUUGUUGACAAAAUUGACGCCGCGCGGUGCCGAAGCAUUCAUUGGUCGUAAGCCAUGGCUCAGAAUUCAACUCACCGCAUUUCUUCGUAAUCACUUUGAAGUUGUCGAAGAACGUUGUCUUAAUGUGAUACUAAAAAUUAUUUACGAGCUGACCUAUCUGGUUAGACACAAUCCUAUGGAUCCAAUGGUUUUUAGUGUCAAUCAGGGAUGUUUGAUGAGUUAUGUGGAGAUUCUGCAGCAAGUGGCAGAUGAUGCGAUGAAAGAAAGAGUUCUGGAAAUCAUGGAGGAUUUCUUGAAGUUGAUUGAUGUGCGCACAUUUGAUGUCUUCUUCCAGAGAGAUGGGAUUUCAGCAUUCUUACCUCUCCUCCGUGAUAUGAACACUGGAAAGCAACGAGCUGCCAUAUCUGUCCUGGUCACGAUGCUCCACUGUAUAGAAGAUAACGAAAACAGAGCCGCCCCAGAUCGUAACAAGGAGUGGCUUGUCGAUGACAUCCUAACGAGCAUUUCUUUAUUUGAGGAACCAAAUCAUUUUGACAGAUACGAUGUUUUGCAAUGGGUUGGAUUAAAUCCAAGGAGUGUAGAAGCGUUCGAUUGGGCCAGGUGGCUAUUGGGCAGAUGUGGUGUGGAUAUAGAGGAGGACGCAGAGAAUGUUGCGCCUGUGCAUCGAAGAAACGUAUAA